AUGCAAGCACCUUUGAACCCAGUCGCCCUACCGGUAACGGUUGAUACGACUGGAGCAAAGAUUUUAGAAGGUUCAGUAGCGGAACACGAUAGUAGGGAUAUUUAUUUACCCAAUCAUGUUGAAACUGUUAGUCAUAUAGCGAUCGACGUUGGAGGAUCUUUGGCAAAAGUUGUUUAUUUUACACGUAUUGCAAGACCUACAACAACGUCGCCGCCUGAUCCACGUCCACAUUCACCUUUACACAAACAUGGCUUUCAGGAAAGACAACCUUCACCCCCGAUUGCUGCCGAAGGUUUUGCUGCCGUUCCUGCCGGGACACUCACGCCUACUUCACUCUUUGCAAAUCCCAAUAAUGUGGUAAGUGCAAGUGCGAUCCACUCCCACUUUAUGAAGCGAAGAUCGUUACCAUCACAAUUGCCGGGAGGACGAUUAAACUUUGUCAAAUUUGAAACGGCCGAUAUCAUGUCUUGCGUAAACUUUUUGAAGGAGUUAAUCAAUUUGAGUGCAAAGGCAAACAAUGUGACCCUAACACAAAUGCGACAAGGAGUAAAAUUGAUGGCUACUGGGGGAGGAGCACAUUUGUUCAACGAUUUGUUUGAAGAGGAACUUGGCGUCGAAGUGAGAAGUGAGGAUGAAAUGCAAUGUCUAAUCACAGGAUUAAACUUUAUCACACUUAUACCCGAUGAAACUUUUUAUUAUUCUGAUGAAUUGGUCGAUAAUCUCAGUGCUACUUCUCCAGGCACACAGACAAAACGACAAGAUCCUUCCUCGGCUGCGUCGUCUUCUUCCUCUUCGCUUUUGUCGCCCAAUGGUGCACCUUCGCCUAGUCCUCAGACCGACCUUCCACGACCAUCACCGGACCCUCCGCUAUACUCACCUGCAUUCGAUUCCAGUCCACUACCCAAGCUGCCGUGCUUACUGGUCAACAUCGGAAGUGGUGUGAGUAUAAUCAAAGUCGACGAAGAUGGCAAAUUUGAACGUGUGAGCGGUACAAGUCUGGGAGGCGGAACGUUAUGGGGACUGUUAAGCUUGGUAACAGAUGCGGAAAGUUUUGAUGAAAUGCUGGAGAUGGCUUCGCGGGGUGAUAAUGGAACGGUGGAUAUGCUGGUCAGUGAUGUAUAUGGAUCUUCUGACGCUUUGAGCAAUCUUGGUUUGAAAUCAACCACAAUUGCUAGCAGUUUCGGUAAAGUGUUCAGAAAAGAUAAGGGCGAUCGAGAAUCUUCACAUCGUGGUCAAGCAAGGGAAGAACGUAGCAGGAAAUUCAAACAAGAGGAUAUUUGCAAAAGUUUGCUUUAUGCAAUAUCCAACAAUAUCGGUCAAAUUGCUUAUAUGAAUGCGGAAAAGUUUGGACUAGAUCGGAUCUACUUUGGAGGAUGCUUUAUUCGUGGCCAUCAAGCUACUAUUGCCACUCUUUCGUAUGCUAUCAGAUUCUGGUCCAAAGGUACCAAACGUGCUUUCUUCUUACGACAUGAAGGAUAUCUAGGAGCGUUGGGUGCAUGGAUUAGA